UCUCAAUCAACAGUGAGCAUCGGCCAACCAUGGGUCUCGAAGACUUUGAGAAAGAGCUAGCAGCCACCAAGAGCAAGGAGUCGGAUCGCAAGCGACACAGUACCAGAGACGACAGAGAAGGCCACGGCGACGAAGAACGACGACGUCACCGGCACCACCACCGCUCUUCGCGCCAUGACGAGUCAGACAGUAGACACAAACGCCGCCACCACCGCGAAAGAGACGAUGACGAAGACCGACGAGAGCGACACUCUAAGCGCAGGCGCAGUCGUUCGCCGCGACCCGCUCGCCCUCAGGAAGAUGAUGACCAAGAGGAUGACGAUUGGGUCGAGAAAGAAGCCAUGACUGCACCGCCGACCGAGGACACUCUGGACGAGCAAUUGGAAGCUGCGACCGACAAGAACUUGAAGCGCGACACAUGGAUGGAGGCCCCAUCAGCACUCAAUGUCGAAUAUAUCCAACGCCAGCGCCCGAAGUCUCCGCCCUCACAGUUCGUCUCUGCCAAAGACCAACUCGAUCGCAAAAUACACCGUCAAGACCUGGACCAACUUGCCAGAGAUCUGGAGGAAGAUGAUGAAGAGGUCCAAGAUGCACCGCCCGUAGACGAUGAGCCCAUCCAUCACGAGGUAUCCUACACUUUCGGCGAUCAAGGUUCACAAUGGCGUAUGACCAAGCUGAACGCUGUCUAUCGUCAAGCCAAAGAGUCCGGUCGUUCUGAAGACGAAGUCGCCAUGGAACGCUUUGGGUCUUUAAGAGAUUUUGACGAUGCGCGCGAGGAAGAGCGUGAAUUGGACCGUCGCCAGAUGUAUGGCAAGGACUAUGUCGGCCUUGAGAAGCCCAGUGGUGAACUAUACGCCGAGCGGAAACAAAAGGCUGGUUUGCAUCGGCAAUCGCCCGAACGCGUUGCCAACAUUUCUGUGCCUCAACAAGCCAAUCCCAGUCAGGGCCAGGUCAUGGACGAGGCUCCUGCACCAGCAACCACGGUAGCUCUCGAUCAAACCGCUUUGAACAGGCUCAAAGCACAAUUGAUGAAGGCCAAGCUGCGGAAAGCACCGAAUCUCGCUGCACUAGAGGCCGAGUAUGAAGCUGCUGCUACUGCCUCUGCUGCCAACAAUAAGCAAUCGGACGUAGUAGUUCUCAGCGCAGUUGAGAACCGUAUGCUCGCUGGUGGCCGCGGCAAUGAGGUAAAGCACAUUGAAAACAAGCGUGGCCGUGAGCGUGGUCACGUAGAGGAAAAUGAAGAUAUGAGCAUAGAAGACAUGGUGCGUCAAGAACGACGUACCCGAGGAAUGGCUGGUGGUGAGGGCAAAGCUUUCGCGGAGCGCAUUGCCAAAGACGCAAAAUUCACUGACGACCUUGAUUACAUGGACGAGAAUGCCUCUAAACUGGCCAAACGGGUUGGCAAGUCAGAGAUCAACCUUCGUAACACUGCCAUCGGGGACUUCCAAAAGAUGCAAAAGGUCCUCGACUCGUGUCCCUUGUGCCACCACGAAGACACAAAUACACCCCCGUCAGCACCUAUAGUCUCACUAGCCACACGGGUGUACAUGACGUUACAGACAGAGCCAGAGCUUGCAGCUGGUGGCGCCGUUAUUGUACCAAUCCAGCACCAUCUCAAUCUGCUGGAAUGUGAUGACGACGAAUGGGAAGAGAUCCGGAACUUCAUGAAGAGUUUGACUCGAAUGUAUUACGAGCGUGAAAGGGGCGUCAUCUUCUACGAAAACGCAGCUCACAUGCACAGUCGUCGUGGCCACGCAGCUCUCUUUGCUGUCCCUGUACCUCUCCAUCUCGCCGACAAUGCGCCUGCUUUCUUUAAAGAAGCCAUUCUCAGUGCUGACGAGGAGUGGAGUCAACACAAGAAGCUCAUCGACACACUCGCCAACUCACAACGUCCCGGAUAUGGCAAGCAAGCAUUCAGGAAGAGUCUUGUCAAGGAGAUGCCAUACUUCCACGUUUGGUUCACAUUGGAUGGUGGUAUGGGCCACGUAAUCGAGGACGAACGCAGGUGGCCGAAGGGUGAUCUAUUCGCAAGAGAAGUCAUUGGAGGCAUGCUGAGGAAGGGGCCAGAAAUCAUCAAGAAGCAGGGCAGGUGGACCAGACAAGAUCCCAGAGUGGAAAGCUUCAGGAAACGUUGGGAGAAGUUUGAUUGGACGAGCGUGCUGAUGGGUUGAGCGAAGCUGGAUAAUGCUAGGAUCGAUACGACCUCCGUAUGACAUGACUUACAUGGUCUUCAUCUGUCCAUACAUCUGGAUGUCCCCAUCUACUGUAAAUUACUGCCAGCCGCUAUACAGUAUGUAAUUGUAAAGGGACACGUCUCCGUCUUCCAGACCAG